UACAUCAGGUGAAGUUGUCCGACGGUCCUAUGGGGUCCCAUCUGGAGCAAAAUGUGUCUGGUGGGGAGACGUCACUCAAGUCUCCAGCAGAUCUGCGUCCAGCAGACCUCGUGUCCAGACUGCUAGCAGCCACACCACCCUACCUCUACACGAUGCCGCUCACGAACAGCUUCUUCUUCAGUGAAAUGCUUCGCAGCUUCGUCCAGGCUCGCAGCUCACCCCAGGGGCAGCCCCGCCGCGGUCGUAAGCGCUCGUGGAAGGAAGCUCGACCCUCUCCUAAUGACAAACCCCUAGAACUCACUACCCACCCCAAACCACCUCCGUCGCCCCCAAAAGCUCCAGAAACUCCUCCGAAAGAGCCACAGAACUUUCUUCUACCUCCGAGUAAUCUUCUUCCUCCGAUACCAAACAACGAGCAGAUCCUCCCCCCUCCAACCGCACCUUUGUGGUACCCCCCGAUGAACAUGUACCCUCCCCCACCUCCCCAGUGUUUCGACCCUCACUUCUUCGUGGACCUGCGAGUAUCAGGACACAUCUGGGACAGAAAGGUGGAGAAGGAUUCUCCUCCGCUGGAGCCAUUGAAUUUGCAAACAGACGAAAAGAAAAACGGUCUUAAUUUAUCCUUUCGAAAGCACAAUUCAGCGUUCAGUGUACCCCAACCGAGAGAUCAACCUGAGCGUAAAUGUGAAAAAUCGCCGUGUGGCACCAACUACGUUCUCAACAACCUAGAUAAGAUCUACAAGGACGUGAAGACGAAGCAGGAAAUUGGGGAGAAAGAGAAGGAUAAGGACGAAGAAGAGUUGACUCCGGAGGAGAAGAAGGUGAGGGACCUGCGAGCUUUGAUUGGACUGGAGCUGGUGGUGGACUAUGUGAAGCAGGAAGAUUCUCCGGGUGGUCAUUCUGGGGACAAAGAGGAUGAUGAUGAGACCUCGAGACUGAGCGACUCAUCAGACUCCAACCAGGAGCCUCUGGUCAUGGACUGAAUCUCAACAUUUACUCUCCCCUCCGUGUGUUAGAUGACUGUCUUCUACCUCACUUGUUCAUUUGGCAACACGUUUUGUCUAAAGAAAUUUGCUUUCCAUCUACUAAAGAAACUCCGUUCUUGUAAACUCUCUUGCUAACCUUUAAAAAUGCAACUAUUGUAAAACAUUUUGAAUUGCUUGAAAUAGUUUGGAUUACAAAUCUAUCAUUGCUUGUGGUUGAUAAAACUUAAAUGUUACUUCGACGAUUAGGACUAUGCUUAAUAUUUACGAUUGGACAUCCUCUCUGAUUGGGGAUUGCAUUGGUUAAAAUUAAAUAUUUACUGAUUUAAUUAUUUGUGUAAGAACCUUUCAAAAUAACAGUCUUCCAAAUAGUAAUGAUUAUAAUUUUCAAUACGAAACAAAGCGUAAAAUUCCAUAUUGCACUUUAGAGAUCAAGUGCUUGACAUCGCCAAAAUUGCGUAGGUAAAAUUGGUCAAUAUUGACUUAGGAUAUGCAAAAUUUGGUGAAAUGGUCAAUCUAUAAUACCUAAGCUAGGUAUUGUUUGUUAAACUACUCCAACUAAUUUUUAGUCAAACCAAGAGCUAAUCAUAAAAAUGCUCUUUUUGUUUGAGAAGCAUUUUAAGUAUAUUUAUUGUUUCAAAACAAAGCGAACAAUUUGGACAAAACAAAUUAAUCAUUAGAUUCAUAAAUUUUUUGUUUGUUUGGUCUUCUGCUGGUUAAAAAAUGUACAACUAUUGACAUACUUUGUAAAAAAUAUAUAUGUAACUAAGGAUGACAUUAGCCCAAAUAUUGAUAGUUGUUGGCAAGGUAAAACUAUUACUAAGAAAUUGUACUCCGAAUAAAAAAGUACAGUAAGUAUUAUUAAUAUAUUUAACUAGGGUCUGUUUCUAAGUCAGUUAAUGCAAUAUACAACAAUCUGUGUUAUUUGAAUCACAUAACGUUUUGUAUUUAUCACCAUUCCAGUUGUUUAUCGUUGUACAUAUAUUAUAGUUACCAACCCUUAGAUGUAAAUACUUGUCUAUAAAUUAUUUCUUCCA